CGGAAACGACAUCAUAGCUCAUGCCACCUAUGUGUUUUCGGAAUGAAAACAAGCUAGUGUGACAGUUAAAAUGCUAUCAAGACAACGUAUUUAGGAAUAAAUCAAAACCAAUGUGCAAGAAAACGCUGCGUUUAGCCCUGACGAUAAGUAGACCAUGAAGUACCCCAGCUACAUCUGUGUCUUUCUGUUGGGUUUCUGCUGUUGCGGAUAUUUUUCACGAGUGUCUGCUAGCAACCACGAGCCGGAGACUCCAGACUGGAGGAUGACUCUAAAAACCAUUCGCAACGGGAUCCACAAGAUUGACACGUACUUGAAUGCAGCACUGGACUUGUUUGGUGGGGAUGACGGACUGUGUCAUUACAGAUGUAGUGAUGGGUACAAGCCGGUGCCUCGUCCCGGGUACAAAAAUCCACCACCCAACGGAUGUGGUUCCCCCCUGUUUGGAAUUCAGUUUGAUGUUGGCAUCCCGUCCAUGACCAAAUGUUGUAACCAACAUGAUCGCUGCUAUGACACAUGUGGCCGGGAGAAACACGACUGUGAUGAGGAGUUCCAGGUCUGUCUGGAGAAAAUCUGCAGGAAUGUGCAGAGGACUCUGGGAUUGGCCCAAACUGUCCAAGCAUGUGAGUCAACAGUGACUUUGCUUUUCGAUGCAGUUAUGCACUUGGGAUGUAAGCCUUACCUGGACAGUCAGCGAGCGUCGUGUGUGUGCCAGUAUGAAGUAAAGACUGAGCUGUGACGCCACCACAGCCACGAGACUGUCAGGCUUUCAGAAACUCAACACUAACAGAAGGAUGCUAGCAAUAAACUUUCUGUCUUUCUUAGAUGUUCUCAGGGAUAGAGCUACUGGGUUUGCACUAAUCUGUGUCUGUUGCCUCCUUUUUUAGAUGGAGAGUGGACAAUUAAUAUCUUUUCUAUGUCAUUGAUUAUUUAUAUAUAUUGUUCAGGGUUUCUGUGGUUUGCCUUUAAACCAGCAGUUUAUUUUAUAUUUCUGUGAAGUCUGCAUAACUUCCUCAGAAGUUUACAUUAAAAAAGACUGUGACCAUGUUCAGUGUGAACACUUCUGAUUGAUCUAUUUUAAUUCAACAGGGAAAAACUGUUUUUACCCCUCAGCUGUAAAAGGAUAAUGGGUUUUGUUUUGUCUUGUUUUGUUAUUAAAAUUAAUGUACUGUUCAGCUUUCCCUGCCUAAAACAUGUCACUUGUUGACAAUCAGAAAUAUAUUAAGUAUAUAUAAAUAUCGCUUCCAGUAACAAACCAUUAUUGGUUACUUUAUUUAAUUAUAAUAGAUGGAGCUGGGGUUCUUUUUUGUUUCCUUUUGUCCCCCCCCCCAAAAGAACAGUUCACAGAUUUCUUUUCAACUCAUCACAAACUGAGUAACCUGUUAGAGCUUCGUCUAGAUUUCCUGAAAUCGCUACAUUUUCAAGAUAUCAUUAGCAAAUAGUGAACUGUAAAAUAAAACAGCACAUUUCCCUUUUCUGUGACAAUAACAAGAACUUGUGAUUAAGUUGAAAAUGUUUAUCUCUACUGUAUCUGAAGUGCUGACUGGUGCAGAUGUGAAACGUCUGGUGCAGAUGUGAAACAUCUUUUAAAUUUGCAAUAAAAAUAG